AUGGCUUCUCAGGGUCUGCAGCUCUUGGGUCUCCUGCUGGCCUUCAUCGGCUGGUUGGGCACCACUAUCACCUGCGCUCUGCCCAUGUGGAGAGUCACCGCGUUCGUCGGGGCAAACAUCGUGACCGCGCAGUUAAUCUGGGAGGGCCUUUGGAUGAACUGCGUGGUUCAGAGCACGGGGCAGAUGCAGUGCAAAAUGUACGACUCUAUGCUAGCUCUGCCUCAGGACCUCCAGGCUGCCAGAGCCAUGGUGAUCAUCUCUGUAAUGGUGGGGGUGUUCGGCAUGCUCAUGGCCACCGUUGGGGGGAAGUGCACUAACUGCAUUGAGGAUGAGGCAGCCAAAGCUAAAGCCUGCAUUGUAGCCGGAGUGAUUUUUAUAAUCGCCGCCUUGCUGAUCCUCAUUCCAGUGUCCUGGUCAGGUCACACUCUCAUCAUGGACUUUUACAACCCUCUGCUGAUUUCAGCUCAAAGACGGGAGCUCGGAGCUUCUCUUUACAUCGGCUGGGGCUCCGGUGGGCUGCUUCUGCUGGGAGGAGGCCUGCUCUGCAGUAACUGCCCCACCAAGGACAGCAGACCUUACAUACCUGCCAAGUUCGUCCCGUCAAGAAGUACAUAUUCAAAUGUGAACUAUGUGUGA